AUGUCUCGCUCGCUUCUCUUACAGCGGCUACAGGCGGUCGCCGAGCAGCAAUCUCCGAGCCAGCCGCCCAGCAGACCGCCUGACCUGCCGGCGGAAGCCGCGCAAACGGCGGAGGCUGUCCGCCGCGCAGGCGGCCCCGCAGCAGCAACGGCGCAGCGAAGGGAAGCAGCCGCACCAGGGAAGGCUGUUGGGGGAGCUCGGGAUGGGGAGGGGCGAGCGGAGGAGCGGCGCGGUGGUGGGCGGUAUUCGGAGGAGCAGCUGCGAAUGCGGUGCAAAGUGGUUCGCGGGUGGGUGAAGGACAUACAGGCCCUCCAGGAGCUGCUGCCGCCUGAAGCUGCCUGGGACCCCUCCACUCAGCGCUUUAGCCCCGACCCGAAGCUGGGCAUCAUUUCGCGGCUGAAGCAGCACAAGCAGUGGAAGCACUACAGGCGGUGGUGCAAGCACACGGCGCCCUGGCUGCCCCUCGCUUUGCUCAACGCCCACACGUGCCCUGCUGCGGCCCCACUGUGGGACGAGGAGGAGGAAUGGGAGGAGGAGGAGGAUGAGGAGGAUUGGGGAGAGGGGGAGGGAGGGGAGGAUGAUGGGGAAGAGGAGGAGGAUGAAGUGGUGGAGGUGCGGGCAGGGGGGGAGGAGGAUUGGGAGGCGGAGGAGGAGGAGGUUGAGGAGGUGGAGGGGGGAGGGGAGGAGGGAUGGGGCAAUGGAGAGCGAUUGCGGCGUGUGGCAGGGAGGUAUAGCCAUGGAUCAGGAAGGAAUGUGCGGAGUCGGAGAGACAGAGGAGGGGUGGAGGCAGGGGAGGGUAGUGGAGAGCGGAGGAGGGGUGGAGAGUGGGAUGGUGACGAGUGGUUGAGGACGAGGAGGGGGGAUGCGGGGCGACAGGGAGGGCAGGGAGGGGGCUUGAGGAACAGAGAGAGACGAGAGGGUAUGGAAGGGAGAGGGGUUGGGAAUGGUGGGGUCGGGCCUGCACAGGGGAAUGGUGGGUUCGACCAUGCAGCUGCCGCACCACAGGCCAAUGCCGUUCCUCGUGCUGAGGUGGCACGUAACAAUGUCACUUUUGCUGACGGUGCUCGUCCUGCUGACGUGGCUCGUGCUGAUACGGAACAGGCUGCUGACGUGGGUGGUGCAAGUGCGGAUGAGAGGGACGAGUACCCUGCGAGGCUGGCAGCGCGGAUCGCUGGCAUGGUGGCGAGCAGGAGGGAGCAAGGCGGCACUGAGAGGCUCGGGGUUGACGGCGAGGGGGGAGGGGCCGGGGAUGGAGGAGGAGGAAAUGCUGGUGCACGGUGGAGGGUUGGGGUUUUAGAGGGGUGGAAUAGAGGGGAGGAGAGGCGGGAAGGGGGGCGAGGGGAGGAGGGGAGAGCGGGGAGGGGUGUGAAGCGGUCGAGGCCAGUGUGGGUGCAGGUGAGGGAGAGGAAGCGGCAGCGGCGGGUGAUGGAGAGUGUGGCGCGUGCCCUCACCACGUUCAGGAGCAUGGCGGAGAAGGGGCAGCCCCACGUGCACCGAGACGCGGUAGCUGACAGUGUGUUCAAGUCCGUGCAGGACGUGCAGGCCCUCCCCUCGCUGACGGACGCGCAGCGCGUGGCGGCCAUCGACGCCUUCCUGCAGCGCCCCCUCGACGCUCACGCCUUCCAGGCCAUGAGCCCCGCCCUGCAGACCCUCUUCGCCCGCCGCGCCCACGCCCACGCCGUUGACCGCCAGCUCGCCGGGAUUCAAGCUGCCGCUGCUGCUGGGGGGGGGAAUGCGCCCCUCACAGACCAGCUCCUCGCCCCGCUGCAAGGCGGGGCUGGGACGGUGGGGCAAACGGGAGCAGUGGGAGGUGGGGGUGUGGGUGUGAGUGUGGCAGCAGCAGCAGUAGCAGCAGCCUCAGCAGGAGGAGCGAGGGGUGUACAAGGUGUGGGAGGGGUAGGAGGAGGAAGAGGGGUUGGUGGGGGAGGAGGGGUAGGACGGACAGAGGGGCCAGGAGGAGCAGGUGGGAUUAAUAGUGCAGGUGGGUUGGGCGGCAGACAAGGGGCGGGCAGCGUGGCAGGGCUGCAGCAGCUAGGGCAUCGCGUGGAGGAGUUGGUGCGAGAGAGCCUGAGAGGAGUCAACAACGCCAAUCAACAGGCAGUCAAUGCUGGUCAAUGCUGGUCAAGGGGGUUGGCUGGCAACCCAGUGGUGGUCAAUGGGAUUCAAUGCGAGUGCCCUGAGUGUGUGGCUGCUAGAAUGCGUCAAGGCACAGUCAACGCGAGUCAAGCACUGGUCAACGCGGGUCAAGCAGCAGUCAACGCCAGUCCAUCGGUGGUCAACGCAGAUCCAUGUAGGGGAGCAUCAGCGAAUCAGGUGGAGACAGCUGUCGGCCAGCCAGGGUUGGGUGCAGGUCGUGUGAGAGGACCUGCUGUGCUACAGACAAGAAAUGCUGGUCAAGCACCAGUCAACGCUGUCAACGCUGGUCAAGCACCAGUCAACGCUGGUCAAGCACCAGUCAACGCUGGUCAAGCACCAGUCAACGCUGGUCAAGCACCAGUCAACGCUGGUCAAGCAGCAGUGACUGCAGGAGGAGGGGCAGUGGGUGUGGGUCAAGGCAGAGCGGAUGUGGGAGCAGGGGGAGGAGGGGUUUGGAGGGAAGCAGCGAUUGUGGGGCUGCCAUUGGUGGAGCGGCUGCUGCAGGGCCGGGCGAAGCAACGGAGCGGUGCUGUGGCGAGGGGAGAGGGGGAGACCGGCAGGCAGGGAGAGGAGCAGCAAGGGGAGCAGGGAGGGGAGCAGGGAGGGGAACAGGGAGGGGAGGCGAGAGGGGAGCGGGGAGGGGAGGCGAGAGAGGGGCAGGGAGGGGGGCAGGGAGGGGAUGAGAGGGUGGGGACGGUGAGUGUGGCGGGGGGCAGGGGCAGCGGAGGGGGGGUGUUCACGCUGUCGCACCGCUGUGUGGCGGACGGGCCGGCAGGGCAGUGCAGCCUGUGCAGUAUCGUUGCUGACCUCGUCAAAGAGCUGGGGGGAGCCGCUGCUGGGGGAGGCGCUUCUGGGGGAGGCGCAGCUGGGGGAGGCGCUGCUGGGGGAGGCGCUGCUGGGGGAGGGGGCGCUGCUGUGGGAGGGGGCGCUGCUGGGGGAGGGGGUGCUGCUGGGGGAGGGGGCGCUGCUGGGGGAGGGGGUGCUGCUGACCUUUUCAAAGAGCUGGGGGCACCUGGCGAUGGGUGGGGGCGGGGCAAGGAGCUGGGCGCACCUGGCGAUGCGGCGCGUGGUGGGGGCGAGGUGGGGGAUGAUGGGAGAGAGGUGCGCACUGGGGGCGAGGUUGGGGGCACUGAGGGUGAGAUGUCCGGUCCGAGAGGGGAGGAGGGCGGGAAUGCUGUUGGAGGGGCGGACGGGGCAGUCGCGGUGGAGAGGGGUGUGGCGGGAAGGAUGAGGGCAGAGGAGGGUGGGGAGGAAAGGGGCGGUGGAGGUGAAGAGGCAGUCAAUGCAGGUGAAGGGGCGGUCAAUGCAGGUGAAGGGGCGGUCAAUGCAGGUCAAGGGGCGGUCAAUGCAGGUCAAGGGGCGGUCAAGGCUGGUCAAGGGGCGGUCAAUGCUGGUCAAGGGGCGGUCAAUGCAGGUCAAGGGGCGGUCAAUGCAGGUCAAGGGGCGGGUAUGAAUGGAGCAGAAGAGUUGAACCUUUCAGGCCGGAAUGUGAGUGCUGGAUGGGAUAUGCGUGAGGAGGAGGGGUUGAGUGAGGGGCCAGGAACUGUAUGUGUGAGGGACGAUGGAGUUAUUGUGUUCGAGGGGGGAGAUUUGAGUAUGGGGGAGGGAGGCACUUCUGAGGGUGAAGGGGAUGUGACUCUGAGGGAGGGGGAUGUACCUAUGGGGGAAGGGGAUGUGACUCUGAGGGAGGGGGAUGCGACUGUAAGCGGAGGGGAUGCGACUGUGAGGGGAGGGGACUUAAGCAGUAAGGAGGGAGAGACACGUGGAAAGGAAGGAGAUGUGAAUGGGAAAGAGUGCGAGGCGAGUGGAAAGGAGGGAGAGACGAAUGGAAAGGAGUGUGAGCCUAGUGGGAAGGAGGGAGAGACGAGUGGGAAGGAGGGGGGGACGAGUGGGCACGAGGGAGAGACAUGUGGGAAGGAAGGAGAGUUGAGUCAGGAGGGAGAGGUGAGUGGGGAGGAAGAAGAGUUGAAUGGGAAGGAGGGAGAGACAAUUGGGGACGAGGGAGAGAUGAGUGGGAAGGAGGGAGAGACGAAUGGAAAGGAGGGAGAGACGAAUGGAAAGGAGGGAGAGACGAAUGGAAAGGAGGGAGAGACGAAUGGAAAGGAGGGAGAGACGAGGGGGGAGGAAGGAGAGUCGAAUGGGAAUGAGGGAGAGACGAGUGGGAAGGAGGGGUUUGAAGCCUUGGGGAAAAGCAAUGUGACUGCCAUGUUAGGAGGGAAGUUCGGAGGCAAGAAAGGAGACAAGGAAGUAGAAAACGAAGGAGGGAAGGAGUGA